CUCCAUCACUGCACGCCGUGCCAACCAUACCGCCUAAACCUAGACUAGCAGGUGACAACUAGGCUACUGUGUAUCACAGUGUGUGUGAGAUAGAUAUAUACAUGGAUAGAUACAUGGGAAAGAGAGAGAGAAAGAGAGAGAGAGAGAGAGAGAGAGAGAGAGAGAGAGAGAGAGAGAGAGAGAGAGAGAGAGAGAGAGAAUUUCGUGCGCGUGCCUUGCAGUGGAAGUGCAGGAGAGCUGGUGUGCGUGUGUUGGAGAUACAGCGAGUGGGUGGAGAGAGAGGCAGCUCGUGCACUGUGCCGGUGUCUCUGACAGAUAGAAAAGCGAUAGGCGCUUAGGGGAAACCAACAGUGACUCGCUCAAAAAGACACAUCUAAAAAGAGCGGACCCCCGAGCGUCUGAGGCGGGACGGACACGGACACGGCUGAGGCGGAUUUGACACGGACACGGCGCUCGAGGAGCUCCCGGUUAACGAAUCAUCUCCCGCGAGAGAGGAUGUCUGAAGCAAUCGUCCCAGAAUCCUCAGGGCUAAGGUCAUGUGACGAGUUAUGCUCCUCCCCUCCGCCAUCCUCACCCCCCCUUGCCACAGAGGAGGAGUGUCACCAUGACAACAGAAAGGUGGAGCAGCAGAAACCAGUCAGUAACCAGGGGCAACCAGCCAGGAAGAGAACCAAGGCCAAAGGCAGGUUGGUGAGGAGCAUGGCUGUGUGUGAUGAGUCAUCCCCACCCUCCCCUGCUGACACCACCCAGGACAGCCAGAGCUCUGUUGAAGUCACCAUGCUGCCAGGUUGCCAUGACAAUGAGGAGGAAGAGCAGAGCAAAGAACCAAACGUGCCCACGUUAAUAAUCUCAGACACCAGUCAGGAAUACACAGACUCUACUGGGAUUGACCUGCACCAGUUUAUCAUCACCACCCUGAACAGCAACCCCAGGGACAGGAUGAUGCUGUUGAAACUGGAGCAGGAGAUGAUCGACUUCAUCACAGACAACGGUCCCUAUAAGAAAUUCCCUCACAUGUCUUCCUACCAUCGUAUGUUGGUCCACCGGGUAGCAGCCUACUUUGGCAUGGAACACAAUGUGGACCAGACUGGCAAAUCUGUCAUCAUCAACAGCACCAGUAACACACGCAUACCAGAGCAGAGGUUUAUGGACUAUGUCCAGGAGGAGAGAGGAGAGGAGAGUCAGUGGAGAACCAUACUGAAGAGAGACAACGCAGAAGACAACCAGGCAAGGCUUCACCCACUACGCGAGGAGAGGAGGAGCAAAUCAAUGGAGGAGAGAGAGGAGGAGUACCAGAGAGCUAGAGAAAGGAUCUUCAACCAGGAGGUACACACACACACAAACACAUACACACACACUCUCUCUCUCAUCUCUUAUCCUUUCUUCUGUCUUCCACAGCCUGCCUGUCCCCAGGAGACCAGGUCUAUAGAGGAUGGUAGCCCCCAUGCUGCGACCCAGAGAAGGCAGCUCUUUAGGGGUACCAGGGGUAACUCGGGCUCAAGCCGACAGAGCAGCACGGAGACUGACUACAGUCGCUAUAGUAACUGGAGCAGCACUGACUCAGGUCGCUAUAGCAACGACCCCCGACCCUGGAGCAGCACAGACUCAGACUCUGCCUACCAGAGGCCAAACCCCGCCCCCAAGGCCCGAACAGCCAAUCACAGCUGGGACGCACGAGAUGACCAUGCCCCCACCACAGGCUCCAACUACCUCACGGUGCCCAUUGAGAACGGGAUUCCACCAGGAAGUAUAUUACUGAACCCACAUACAGGCCAGCCCUUCCUAAACCCAGACGGAACCCCCGCCAUCUACAACCCCCCCGACCCCCAGCAGCCAACAAGAAGCCAGCCUCAGCAGCAGGCCCCUCCGCCGCAGCAGCCAAUGGCUGGCCACACCGUCCCCCAGGUGGUUCAAUAUUCGUCCGUCUCUUACCCUCCCCAGCAGUUGCAAUACUCUACGAGAGAGGACCUGUCGUCCCAGUUUGGUCACAUGACUGUGAGCUGUCAGUCAUUGGGGGAAGCUCCGCCUCUAUAUCCUCCCUUAGCCCCUCCCACACAGAGUUACGUCUAUACCGCCCCUCCCCCUCCUCACAACCCCCCCAGCUACUGUCAAUCCCCUCCAACUCAGGUGCCUGUGUAUUACUACUCUACUACUCAGUAUCCUACCUCAGCACCCCAAAGACCUGCCACACCUACCCAGGCCAUACAGCCUACAGGUUACUCUCCUGUCAUAGCCAAUCAGCAGCAGAGCUACCAGGGGAUGAUGGGUUUGCAGCCACCUCAGAGCCAUGCCCAAAGAUUGAUGGGUUCUUAUCCACCUGGCCCCUCUCAUCCAUGUGGUGUAACACAGGGUGGUGUGGGGGUGUCGUACCCCCAGAGUGGUCUCAUGUCGCUGGGUGAGGGAGGUUACUGCUGCAUGGUGUCUCCAACCUGUCCCCCUGGUCCCAUACCCCCUCCCCCUCUACACACCGGCUGCCAUGCCUCCAGCUGUAGCAACAUCAGCAGCCAGGGGUGGACGGGCAAAUACUGACACACACACCCACCCACCCUAAACUUACAUAAACCCCACACAUAUCCACACUUGACCUCCCUUCCCCCCCUACCUCUACUUGCACAACCCCACUGGACUGUGUUUAGAUUGAGAUGCAACCAGUGUUCAAACUGUUACACACACAGUAUACCACAGGCAAUGUAUUGUGCCAAAGCUGUAUCAGAGGUACUGUACUGAUUUAAAAGCAUAAUUUAUAUACUCCAGUUGAGUUUUGUAUGGAUAUGAAAUGAUUAUAUAUGAUGUAUUGUAGUGUUUGAGCAGAAUAAACUGAUGUGGCUGAUUUGACAUGUCACCUUUCUAA